AUGUCCGGCGGUAAGGGUAAAGCAGGUUCUUCCGAAAAGGCCUCCACUUCGAGAUCGGCUAAGGCUGGGUUGACUUUCCCCGUUGGUCGUGUCCACAGAUUGUUGAGAAAGGGUAACUACGCCCAAAGAGUUGGUUCCGGUGCUCCCGUUUACUUGACUUCGGUCUUGGAAUACUUGACUGCCGAAAUCUUGGAAUUGGCCGGUAACGCUGCCAGAGACAACAAGAAGUCGAGAAUUAUCCCCAGACACUUGCAAUUGGCUAUCAGAAACGAUGAAGAAUUGAACAAGUUGCUUGGUCACGUCACCAUCGCCCAAGGUGGUGUCUUGCCCAACAUUCACCAAUCGUUGUUGCCCGCCAAGACGGGUAAGCCUGAAAAGGGCAAGCCUUCGCAAGAAUUGUAA